GACAUCAAACUAUAUUCUCUUCACUCGGAGCAAAGGAAAUAUUCGAAAUGAUCAUGUGUAAAUACAGAGCAAUUUUAUUGUUUUUGUUAUUAAUAAUUUACUUGAACGAAGUAGGGGCUAGAAGGAACAGAAAUACCAGAAGAAAAGUGCCAAAAUGCAAUUUGAUAGAGGAUUUUUAUGGAGGUAGUGUAGAAUACUUUGGCAGAAGGGAGCUCUACUCGUUAGCAUUUUACAGUUGUGACGAAAAUUACUCUAUGAUGCCAAGCAAUGUUCAGCAUUCUACGUGUGAAAAUAAUCUACGAUGGGAACCCCCACCUCCAAAGUGUUUCAAAAAAGUCGACAGAUAUGUUCCAAACGAUGGGUAUUUGUGGGGAUGGAAACGAGGCAAAGUCUCGCACGGUGAAUCAUACAAGAUCUGCUGCAACAAAGGCUUUGAGGUUGAAAGGGAUGACAAUGUACCAGUUAAUAAGGAAGAUUGUACAAAUAUCCGGAACAACAAUGGCACACUGGAGCCGAGUGUGGCAUGUGUAGAAGAAUUGUGUGAAACGGCAAGGCGUCAUACUGAAUAUAAACAUGAGGACGGUUCUGAAUUUACGUCAAGAAUAUCAAGCAAUGAAAUGGUUUGGAUGCGGUGUAAAAAAGGGUACGCGUUCUACGACAAUAGAAAUCAACCACUGCCAUCGCCACAGAAAAGACGGUGCAUACGGGGCAAAAUUCAAGAGGCUCCUACAUGUAUUGAGGCGAAGAGUUCGCUCGUUGGUUACCCUUACAGACCAUUCACACUAUAUCGAGAUUCGAAGAGAAACAUAUUAGAUAGGAACAAAUAUAUUGAACCAAAUGAAAGGAUUGAAGUUUUCUGUAGCGACGGUUAUGAAUUAUAUGUUGAAUUUAACAAAGUAUACCUAGAUGAAUUUUUUACCACAAGUAGAUAUGGAGAAUUUGAUAAAGAAAAGAAUAAAUUUCCAGUUUGUCUUGAAAGUAAAAUGUAUUUGAUCAGUACGAAAACGGGAAAACGUUUCGGUGCCGGUACAAAUGCCCAUGUUUACAUAACUCUGUUUGGCUCUAAAGGAAGUACAAGAAGAAUAGACUUAAGGGGAAAAUUUGAAUCUGGUGAUGUCGACGAGACCAGAACAUUUGCCAGAGAUGUAAGACCAAUAGACAGUGUACAGAUCGGACAUGAUGGUGAUAAUAUCUUAUCUGAUUGGGACCUGGAAUAUGUAUCAAUAUAUGUUGAACAUAUGGAGGAAUUUUAUGUUUUUAGAAAUAUUAAACAACAAUGGGUAAAGGAAGGCAAUGAUCUGACGUUGCACAGAGAAGGAACUCAAGCAUGUAUCAAUUCAUUCAGCGACAGAUAUAUGUGGUAUCCUAGAUGGAGGAAAAUAAAUAACUUUUUCCUUGGCAGUGGGAGAGGGAUGAGUAGUAGAGCGUGUAAACAAGCUUGCAUAAAUUGGAGAAAAGACGUGUGUAACGGAGUUUAUCUUGAUACACAGCAUCGUAUUUGUUACGGUUUCUCUGAUGAAACGCGUGAUGGAUACUUUGUGGUGGAAAAAGAACCUUGGAAUGGAGAACUGUUUUUCAGAACAUGUAAGAAGUUCAAUUGAAGGAAUUAGACUAUACAAUUGUCGACAUGUCUUUGUUGAUAGCUCGUGUUUCAAAUUAUUUUUUCUAGGUGUCAUAUUUUAAGGGAGUGGAUUGAGCACGUGUUAUUUGACAUUCUAUUAUUGUAUCAAGUGCACAAUGUUAUGCUUUCUUAAAAACGAAUUAUGAAAUAUACAUUGUAAAAUGAGGAGAAUUGCUAUUGAUAGCGUAUUUCUUUAUCAGUUUUGAAAACAAAUUCUUAGCGGAAACUGGUUCAAAAAGUUAUUACAUCAGCUAUAAUAUUAGCCCUGUUUCUAAGGAAAUUUAUUUAACAAAAUGUAUGUUUUAGCGAUAUCAAGCAACAUGUACAAACAUUGAUGACGUAUGUAAUGCAAAUUUGAACAAAACAAUAAUAAAAAUCAAAAAAAUCUUUA